AUGUCUAAUUCCCCUUUAACAAAAGUACCAACUUCUGCGCUGUCUCCCGUUUCGGCUUUGGCAUUUAGAAAACCAGAUCAAGUCCCUCAGGCACUAUCCAAGUAAGCCAUAGACUUGCAGAAUACCUUGAAUAAACUCAAGGAAGCCAAAUAAAGGAAACAACAACUUUCAAAUUCCAAUAUUGUGGUGUAAUCCAUAAGUAAGUUUUGAUAUGAACUCCAGCCAAUCCAGUCAGCAGUCCUCAAAAUAUUAAACACACUGAAGAAUCGGAACCUAUGCAAAUUUAAUACAAAUCCUUAUUUAAGGAUAUCGAAUCCCCCUAGGUGAGUCAACCAAAAACCUACAACAAAAUGAAUGAUUAGGAGGCUGAAUAGAAGUAUGAGCAGAGAAAAAAAUAAAUAAAAGAAUAAAUAGACAGAACCAAAUCGAACAGCAAAAUAUUAUAGAAACCCAAAUAAAAGCAAAAGAAGACUGUUGCGAAGUAAAUUCAAAAAAUCGAUCUCUCCAAAAAUUCCAAUAAAAAAUAGAAACAGGAAUCUGUUCCUGAAGUUAAAACCAUUGCACCACAAAAACCGAAAGAGGUCUUGCAUGAUCAAUUGAAAGUUAUGCAAAAUAAACUCAAGCAAGACAUAGCCAAACUUGAUAAACAAAUCAAAGGGGAAAACCAGACUUGUCUGUUCGAAAUUAAGAAUAAAGGACAUGAUUUGUAUUAAUAAGGGUUGCAAAUGGAAGAUAGAAAGUACCUACAUUAUUAUAACUAUUUAAGACAAUUCAAAUAAAAGAUUCAUGAGAGAGAAAAACAACAAAAGGAGAUGUAAGAGUGCACAUUCAAACCAUAAAUAAGUCAGCCCAAGACUUUAAACAAUCAAUCGCGAUAAGUACAGUCAAGAAUACAGUAAAAUGAAUCGAAACUAUAACUCAAAUGUUAAAGUCACAGGGAUGGCUAGGUAACUUCCAAAAGGUUAUCAUGUUCUCCUUCUUAAGAUCAAAUCAAUAGCACAACAAUGACCUAAACGCUCAAUAAUACGAAUGAUAUCCAUUGUAAUUUGAAUAUUCAAUAUUUUAGCUUACUUAAAUAGAAUUCAAGAUAAAUAUUAACAAAUAGUGAAUAGAGCAAAUGCUUUACAAAUUAAAGGACUUUGA